AUGAAAAAACAGGUUGCCAAGGCUACUUCGGCAGAUGCAGCAGCUGGGAAUGCUGGCCCCACAGAUGAUACCCAACCGGCCACCGAAGAAGAAUUGGCCCAAGCAAAGGAUUCUUCAAAGACCAAAGAGAAUAAGAAUAAGCCAGUUCCCGCUGCCCGCAAAGCAGCAGCCGCCAAGACCAGAGCAGCCCCUAAGUCUCCAGAGCCUUCCCCACUGAAGUCUCCCAAUCCUCAACCCUUGAAGCGAUUGAAGGGGAAACAGCCCCCCAACGAGAGCAAGAUAAUUGAGGAGUUACAAGAGGCCAAUCGAAAGAUGGCAUUGGAGCUGCAACAGCUUAAGGAGAACACGAAGCGUGUAGACAACUUCAAGACUCCACCCCCGAAAGUGUCAGCACCAUCACCCGAAAAGGGAUCACCUACCCCAGUUUCCCAAACUGCUCAGGGAUCAAAGGGGGACCCGAAGGCCAAAAAGGUCAUUAUGCCCCCUGGUGACCGGCCACCGCCUGCAACUGAAGGCGCCAAACUCAACCGUUUGCGCCGCCUGUGCGAAGUGAAGCCGUCGGGAAAAUGCCAGGUUCCCGCUUCCGUUCACGAACGCUGGAAGCAUGGGUCUAAGGAGGACAAGGAAGCCAUGAUAGAAGAGCUGGAGAAAGUUAACUGGUCCAAGGACAUGUUCAUUUCCCGAAUUACCAAAGUGAUCUCUCAGAACAAGAAGCUGUCCCGGCGCAAAAAACGAGGGUGGUUUACAAAGGAAGAGAUGGCCAAGACUUUGGGUUGGAGCACGUCCUACAUCAAGUGUGCUGUCGAUUUCUGUGAAAAGACUGGGAACGACCGCCUGUGCAAGCGUGACCGGUACAACAAGAAGCUCAAGCGCUACUAUGUGGUUUACCAAGAGGAGGAGGAGGAUCUUUCUGAAGACGAAGAACAGCGCCGACACGAUGCCAAUGGCCAGGAGGUUGAGUUCUUGCGAAUUGGGAACCCCAGGGAUGAUGAUACUGAAGAGGAUGAUGAUGAUGACGAUGAAAAGGAGGCCAAUGCAAAGGUCGUCAACCAUGGGCAGAAGGAGUUGCAACGAUUCUCAACGUUCACAUCCAGCUUGUUGAGCCGUUCUUCUAAGCUAUCUGAACUGAUUGGCCAAUUGGAGUCCGAACUUGGGGACAAGAACCCUGAGAGUUCUGAAGGGAAGCGUGUGGCAAAGUCUGUGCAAGGCUUGGAGCAAGCCAUCGAGACCCUCGAUGCCCAGUUCCAGGCCUGUGAGUUGGUCAAGAUCGAUGUGGGAGGCUUGUCCAAUAAGAACCUCCCAGAGCCUGACCAAAAGGUGUCCCUUGGUGGAACUAUAUUUCCAGAGAUUUGA